AUGAAUGAUACUGCUGAAUUGAAAGAAACAUUCAACAACUCAUUUCUUUGGGUCAUGCUACCGAGCCUUCUGGUGUUCUUCGUCGUUGCUUUCAUUUUCUACUUUUUUCAUGGAAUCACGCUGACGAAGAACAAGGCGAAUCGAGCGUCGCUUUUGAGCAAAAGAAGAUACACGACUACGGGGACUCCUCAAUAUUACUAA